CGGGGCUCCGGUGGCUGUCGGUCGGCCUGGCCCCGGAAGUCGGGCCGCGCCGUUGGGGUCGCCGUGGGCGAGGGCGGGGAUGCGAAGGCGGCGACUGCCGUCUUCCCUCCCCAAUCGGCUCAGCCCUGCCCGCGCGGCUCGGGCUGUUACUAGAGCUGCCAACAGGAAUUUAUAUAGGACCUGCUAAAAAAAGAACUUAGAAGAAAUCAUGGUGGUUCCUUUCACUGGGCUUCGGGUUUUUAGCAGAAAAAGGCAUGUUAAUUUAAUGCCAUUAAGUUCCGGAUUGAGAGUCCCAGAAAGAACUGUUACCUUCCCCUAAGAACAAGUAAAGCCUGGAUGUCAUAAGUCAUGGGAAAUCCAGAAAAUAUAGAAGAUGCAUAUGUUGCUGUCAUUCGUCCAAAGAAUACUGCCAGUCUCAAUUCCCGGGAAUAUCGAGCUAAAUCAUAUGAAAUUUUGUUGCUUGAAGUUCCCAUUGAAGGACAAAAGAAAAAAAGGAAAAAGGUUUUACUUGAAACUAAACUUCAGGGAAGUAGUGAAAUAACACAAAGCAUUUUGGAUUAUGUAGUAGAGACUACCAAACCAAUUUCUCCUGCCAAUCAGGGUAUCAAAGGAAAACGAGUAGUAUUGAUGAAGAAAUUUCCUCUCGAUGGAGAAAAAGUGGGCAGAGAGGCAUCUUUAUUUAUUGUUCCAUCAGUUGUCAAAGAUAAUACUAAAUAUUCAUAUAGUCCAGGAUGUCCAGUUUUCUACUGUUUACAAGAUAUCAUGCGAGUCUGUAGUGAAUCCAGCACCCACUUUGCCACUCUUACAGCAAGAAUGUUAAUUGCUCUGGAUAAGUGGUUAGAUGAGCGACAUGCCCAAUCUCAUUUCAUUCCAGCUUUAUUCCGACCUUCUCCUCUUGAGCGGAUAAAAACUAAUGUCAUCAACCCAGCAUAUGCCACUGAACCAAGCCAGAUAGAAAACUCACUUCAUAUGGGCUAUAGUGCAUUAGAAAUAAAAAGUAAGAUGUUAGCCUUGGAAAAAGCAGAUACUUGUAUCUAUAACCCUUUGUUUGGGUCAGAUCUGCAGUAUACAAACAGGGUAGAUAAAGUGGUAAUAAAUCCAUACUUUGGCCUCGGAGCUCCAGAUUAUUCAAAAAUUCAGAUUCCUAAGCAAGAAAAGUGGCAGAGAAGCAUGAGCAGUGUUACAGAAGACAAAGAACAUCAGUGGGUAGAUGAUUUCCCUCUUCAUCGAAGUGCCUGUGAAGGAGAUUCAGAAUUAUUGAACCGUCUUCUCAAUGAUAGUUUUUCAGUAAACCAGCUAGAUAAUGACCACUGGGCACCUAUUCAUUAUGCAUGCUGGUAUGGAAAAGUUGAGGCCACUCGCAUGCUGCUAGAAAAAGGAAAGUGUAAUCCAAACCUCUUAAAUGGACAGCUUAGUUCUCCCCUUCAUUUUGCUGCUGGAGGAGGACAUGUUGAAAUAGUGCAAAUCCUUCUAAACCAUCCAGAAGUGGACAGACACAUUAUUGACCAACAAGGAAGGUCUCCUUUAAAUGUCUGUGAAGAAAACAAACAGAAUGACUGGGAGGAGACUGCAAAACUGUUGAAGGAAGCUAUAAACAAACCAUAUGAAAAGGUACGGAUAUAUCGAAUGGAUGGAUCUUACCGUUCUGUUGAACUAAAACAUGGAAACAAUACCACAGUACAACAGAUUAUGGAAGGAAUGCGUCUUUCUCAUGAAACACAGCAGUAUUUCACUAUUUGGAUCUGUUCAGAAAAUCUCAGCCUUCAGCUGAAGCCCUAUCACAAACCUUUACAACAUGUUCGUGACUGGCCAGAAAUAUUGAAUGAAUUGACAAAUUUGGAUCCUCAAAGGGAAACGCCACAGCUUUUCCUAAGAAGAGAUGUGAGACUUCCACUGGAAGUUGAGAAAAAGAUUGAAGACCCAUUAGCCAUUCUUAUUCUCUUUGAUGAAGCUAGAUAUAAUUUGCUGAAAGGCUUUUAUACGUCUCCUGAUGCUAAGUUGAUAACACUGGCAAGUCUACUGUUGCAGAUAGUUUAUGGGAAUUAUGAAAGUAAAAAGCACAAACAAGGUUUCCUCAAUGAAGAAAAUCUAAAAUCCAUAGUUCCAAUCACCAAAUUGAAAAGUAAGGCACCUCACUGGACAAAUAGAAUACUUCACGAAUACAAGAAUCUUAGUACAAGUGAAGGUGUCAGUAAGGAAAUGCACCACCUUCAACGCAUGUUUUUACAGAAUUGCUGGGAAGUUCCUACAUAUGGAGCAGCAUUUUUUACAGGACAAGUCUUUACCAAAGCAAGUUCUAGCAGCCAUAAAGUCAUUCGGGUUUAUGUAGGCGUGAAUAUAAAAGGACUACAUCUCCUUAAUAUGGAAACAAAGACUUUACUCAUCAGUCUCAAGUAUGGCUGCUUUAUGUGGCAGUUGGGAGAUGCUGAUACCUGCUUUCAGAUUCACAGUCUGGAAAAUAAAAUGAGCUUUAUAGUACACACCAAACAGGCAGGUCUUGUCGUAAAACUGCUCUUGAAGCUUAAUGGACAGUUAAUGCCUACUGAGAGAAAUGAAUGAUUCUGAAGAAGUCUUGUGAACACAGAUUUCUUUCACUGACU